UCUCUCCCUCCUCUCUCUGUCUCUCUCUCUCUCUCUCUCUCUCUCUCCCUCUUUCUAUGUUUUCUUGCUGUUUAUGAUAUUUCUUGCUUUGGCUUUUGUAUGAUACCUCAUGCUCUUUGCACCUUCUUGUUGGAAUUCAAAGAGAGAGAAAACCAGAUAACGUUCAAAGACACAGCUAGAAUUUCAAGGAACUAGGAAACUCAGCAGCUUUGUUUCUGCCUUGAAACACUGGGACUGUGCUGGAGCUACCCAAAACAGGGCUAGAGCUGUUUGUGUGAAAGAAGAAGCAGGAGAAGAAAAUGAAGUAUGUUUUGGUGACUGGUGGAGUUGUGAGUGGCCUUGGAAAAGGAGUCACUGCUAGUAGUAUUGGUCUUCUCCUAAAGGCUUGUGGACUAAGGGUCACCUCCAUCAAAAUUGAUCCUUACUUGAACACUGAUGCUGGAACUAUGUCACCUGUGGAGCAUGGUGAAGUUUAUGUUUUAGAUGAUGGUGGUGAGGUGGACCUGGACCUUGGAAACUAUGAGCGAUUCCUAGACAUCAAGCUGACCCGUGAUAAUAAUAUAACUACCGGAAAGAUUUACCAGGCUGUUAUAAACAAAGAGAGAAAGGGGGAUUAUCUGGGAAAAACUGUCCAGGUUGUACCUCACAUCACAGAUGCUAUCCAAGACUGGAUUGAACGUGUAGCACAUAUACCAGUUGAUGGAAAGUCAGGCCCUGCUGAUGUUUGUGUUAUAGAGUUGGGUGGAACUAUAGGUGAUAUUGAAUCCAUGCCGUUUAUUGAGGCAUUAGGACAAUUCUCGUACCGUGUAGGAGCUGAUAAUUUUUGCUUAGUUCAUGUCAGCCUUGUGCCUGUUUUGAAUGUUGUUGGUGAACAGAAAACAAAACCAACACAGCACAGUGUUCGUGGACUAAGAUGUCUGGGUUUGACACCACAUGUGAUAGCUUGUCGCAGCACAACGCCACUAGAAGAAAAUGUAAAGACCAAACUCAGUCAAUUUUGCCAUGUUCAGAAAGAGAACAUCAUCACUCUGUAUGAUGUUCCCAACAUUUGGCACAUUCCAUUACUCUUAAGAGACCAGAAAGCUCAUGAAGCAAUCUUGAAAGUGUUUAACCUUCAGGGAUUAACAAGGGAACCUGAAUUAGAACAGUGGACUACUAUGGCUGAAGUUUGUGAUAUGUUGCAUGAGCCGUAUCAGGUGCGCAUUGCCAUAGUGGGGAAGUAUACAAGUCUUUCUGAUGCAUACCUCUCUAUACAAAAGGCUCUUGUGCAUGCUUCUGUUUCUCGUGGCAAGAAACUUUUUGUGGAUUGGGUUCCAUCUGGUGACCUUGAGCCCACAACUGCGAAAGAGAAUCCUGAUGCUUCUAAAGCUGCAUGGAAGUUGUUGAAGGGCGCAGAUGGUAUUCUUAUUCCAGGAGGAUUUGGUGACAGAGGAAUGCAAGGGAAAAUUCUUGCAGUAAAGUAUGCCCGGGAAAAGAAAAUUCCAUUCCUCGGUAUUUGUCUAGGAAUGCAGGCCGCUGUGAUUGAGUUUGCAAGAUCUGUUCUUGGUCUGCAGGAUGCCAACAGCACAGAAUUUGAUCCUGAUACCAAGAAUCCAUGUGUUAUAUUCAUGCCUGAGGGCUCAAAAACACAUAUGGGAGGCACCAUGCGCCUUGGAUCCAGGAGAACAUAUUUCCAGUCUACAGACUGCAAAUCAGCUAAACUAUAUGGAAACAAACGCUUUAUUGAUGAGAGACAUCGGCACAGAUAUGAGGUAUUUAGCAUCCCAAUUCAAAAUAUUGUCUUCUGAGACACUAUUUUGGUAGAAGGAUUAAUUUUUGUUGCAUUUAGGUGAAUCCUGACAUGGUAACACGCCUUGAAACUUCCGGCCUCUCUUUCACUGGCAAGGAUGAAACUGGCCGGCGCAUGGAGGUAUAGUUUACACUUCUGAUCCCUGCAACUUUUAGAUUGAUUUGAUUUGCAUGCACUGCUGAUUCUGAUCCCAUGUUUGGAAAUCUGACAUAAUAGAUUGUUGAGCUACGUAAUCAUCCCUAUUUCAUCGGUGUCCAGUUCCAUCCUGAAUAUAAAUCAAGACCAGCAAAACCUUCUGCUUUAUUCCAAGGUACGUCUCAUUUUAAAAGAUAUGCAUUCAAUUUAUGCUGAUUAACAAAUAUCAGGUUUAACAUUCACCCAACUUAUAUGGUGACCUUUUAAGCUCCUAAAAAAAAAAAACUCAACUUUAUCUUAGCCAAAAGGGCUUCCUCGAAAUUUAAACAGUAGAAACAGGUAAUAAAUAAGGAAUGUAUUGUGCUUCUUGUCAAGUGAAUACUUAUAGACCUGGCCAGGCUGACUCAAUUGACAGUUAAACUCACAAAAGAAAAAAGAAAAAA